AUGGCAGCACAAACUCUGUACGAUAAGAUCUGGCAGGCACACAGCGUUGGCAGGCGCAAAGAUGGCAAUAAUCUGCUCUAUAUCGACCUGCAAUUGCUGCAUGAAGUCACCUCUCCCCAGGCUUUUGAAGGUCUUACCCUGCAUAAAAGACCCCUGUGGCGUGUAGAUGCCAAUCUGGCAACGCCGGACCACAAUGUACCCACCACGGAUCGGGCUCUGGGCUUUAAAGGCAUUACAGAUCUGAUUGCGCUGGAACAGGUGGUCACGCUGGACGACAACUGCAAGUCGUUUGGUGUCACCCAGUUUGAGAUAGAUGAUCCGCGACAGGGUAUCGUGCACGUUGUUGGCCCGGAGCAGGGGGCAACUCUGCCAGGUAUGACCAUUGUCUGUGGAGACUCACACACAUCUACACACGGCGCGUUUGCAGCCCUGGCUCAGGGCAUCGGCACCUCGGAAGUAGAACACGUGAUGGCCACCCAGUGCCUGGUGCAGAACAAAGCGAAAAAUUUUGCCGUGGUCGUCGAUGGGCAACUGCACCCUGGCGUCAGCGCCAAGGACCUUGUGUUAACCAUCAUCGGUAAGCUCGGCACAGCCGGUGCCACGGGUCACACGAUCGAAUACCAGGGUGAGGCAGUACGCGGUUUAUCCAUGGAAGGGCGUAUGACCCUGUGUAACAUGGCCAUUGAAGCAGGCGCCCGGGCUGGCCUGGUAGCCGUUGACGACACAACUAUCGACUACGUGCGCGGACGCCCCUUUGCACCGACCGGCGAGCAAUGGGCACAGGCGGAAGCGUACUGGCGGUCCCUGGUCAGUGACGAUGGUGCACACUUCGAUAAUACCCUGCAUCUGAACGCGGCUGACAUCGCACCCCAGGUCUCCUGGGGAACGUCCCCGGAAAUGGUCACCGGCAUAGAUAGCCACGUUCCAAGCCUGGAAGAGCUGGAAAACGACGUGCAACGCGAAGCUGCGCGGCAUGCAUUCACCUAUAUGGGUCUGCAACCGGGUAAGCCCAUUGUUGAAAUUGAGGUAAACCGCAUCUUUAUUGGUUCCUGUACCAACGCACGCAUUGAGGACCUGCGUGCCGCAGCUGCCGUGGUCAAAGGUAAAAAACUGGCCGCCAAUGUCAAAGAAGCGCUGGUUGUACCUGGUUCAGGCCUGGUCAAAGCGCAGGCUGAAGCUGAAGGACUUGCACAGAUUUUUAUUGAUGCAGGUUUUCAAUGGCGCGCGGCCGGUUGCUCCAUGUGCCUGGGUAUGAAUCCGGACCGGCUGGCACCGGCGCCCCUGGAUCGGGUCAACGUAGACACGGACCAGAUCAUCCCCAAACAGUAUCUGAAAUCGAUAAAGCGCACGGGCUUUGGCGACUAUCUGUUUGAUGGCUGGCGUUUCCUUGAUGAGGGCACCAUUGGCAUGACACCCAAUGAGCGCGCGAUCAACCACGAUUUUGUACUGAAUGCCCCUGCGUAUCAGGGCGCGAGCGUGUUGCUGGCGAGAGACAAUUUUGGCUGCGGUUCUUCUCGUGAACACGCGGUAUGGGCGCUGCAGGAGUUUGGUUUUCGUGCGGUCAUUGCACCCAGUUUUGCAGAUAUAUUUUACGGUAACUGCUUUAAGAAUGGAUUGUUACCCAUUGUUUUAGAAGCAGAAAUUAUCGAUAAGCUGUUCGCGGAAACCCAAAGCAACUACGAUCUGAAAAUCGAUUUGAGUACGCAGACCGUGGUUACGCCGAGUGGUGAAACAUUUACCUUCGAAAUCGAUCCGGUCCUCAAAGACAAGAUGCUCUCGGGUAUGGACGACAUCGACAUGACCCUGGCGGAGCGAGAGCUGAUCGAGCAAUUUGAAAUCGGGCAUCGCGCACGGCAGCCCUGGCUGUUCGAGCGGGCUUUUUCCGGUGAGAAAGUCAUGGCACCUGCCAUCGCCGUGAUGCAAGCCGCGGCUGCGGCUGUCGAUUGCCCUCUGGAUAUCAGUGAAGGCCUGGUGGGCGGCGUCGCCAUUGAUGCCACCGGCUCGCCGCUACCAGAAGCAACACUCGCUGCAGCCAAAGCUGCAGACGCCGUACUUCUGGGUGGUGUCGGUGGCCCCAAAUGGGAUCAUCUACCCAUGUCCGAACGCCCUGAGAAAGGAUUGUUAGGCCUGCGCCAGGCAUUGGGAUUGUUUGCAAAUCUGCGCCCGGCACUGUUAUUUGCACCACUGGCUCAGGCAUCUUCCCUGAAAGCUGAACUUGUUGCGGAUCUGGAUAUCCUGAUCAUCCGGGAACUUACCGGCGGCAUCUACUUUGGCGAACCCCGUGGCGUCGAACAGAGGGAUAACGAACGGGUAGGCUUUAACACAUUGGUUUAUGCCGAACACGAAAUCCAGCGCAUUGCCAAGGUAGGUUUCGAGCUCGCGCAAAAGCGUGGUGGGCGCCUGUGUUCUGUCGAUAAAGCUAAUGUGCUGGAAGUGUCUGCGCUAUGGCGGGAAGUGGUGAGCGCCAUGCACGCCGACUAUCCGGACGUUGAGCUGUCCCAUAUGUACGUCGACAACGCCGCGAUGCAGCUGGUCCGCGCCCCUAAACAGUUCGAUGUGAUUGUCACCGGCAACAUGUUUGGCGACAUCCUCUCGGAUGUUGCCGCAAUGCUUACGGGCUCUCUGGGCAUGCUCCCAUCUGCCUCGCUGUCUGCCAGCGGUGUUGGCAUGUAUGAGCCAGUACACGGCACCGCGCCGGAUAUUGCGGGCCAGAACAAAGCUAACCCGCUGGCCACCAUUCUGUCCGUGGCCAUGAUGUUCAGGUAUAGCCUUGAUCAGCCUCUGGCUGCGGAGCGUAUCGAGCAGGCUGUCGCCGCGGUACUGGCUGAGGGUUAUCGCACCGGCGAUAUCGCCAAUGCGCAAGAAAUGGACCAAAUGAUCGGCACCCAGGAAAUGGGCGAACGUGCUACUGGAGCUGUAGGCGAAGCCCUGAUUGAGAUUCUGGAGAGCCGCAAAUUCCCCGUUGCAGAACUCUUUCUGCUGGCGAGCGAGCGAUCGGCUGGCAAACGUCUGCAAUUUCAUGGCAAGAGUGUCAUGGUGCAGAAACUGGAAGAUUUCGAUUUCUCCCAGGUCCAGAUUGCACUGUUUUCAGCCGGCGGCAGUGUUUCGGCGCAAUACGCGCCAAUAGCUGCCGACGCUGGCUGUGUGGUGAUCGAUAACACGUCACACUUCCGCUACGACGACGAUAUUCCACUUGUGGUCCCCGAGGUUAACCCUGAACGCGUUGCUGACUACAUCAACGCCAACAUCAUCGCCAACCCUAACUGCUCGACGAUACAGAUGGUCACGGCGCUGAAACCCAUACACGAUGCAGUUGGCAUCAGCCGGAUCAAUGUCUGUACUUAUCAGGCAGUGUCGGGGGCAGGUGCCGGUGGGAUCAAUGAACUGGCAGGGCAGACCGCCAGUCUGCUUAAUGGCAAACCGAUAGAAAAAGUUGUCAUGCCUCAUCAGAUUGCGUUCAACGCCAUUCCGCAGAUCGAUGUGUUCAUGGAAAACGGUUACACCAAAGAAGAAAUGAAGAUGGUCUGGGAAACCAACAAAAUUCUCGGUGACCCGGACAUUGUGGUUAAUCCGACCUGUGUCCGUAUCCCGGUCUUCUAUGGUCAUUCAGAAGCAGUGCAUAUCGAAACGCGUGCGCAGAUCAGCGCUGCAGAGGUCACCGAGAUUUUACAGGCUGCACCUGGCAUAAAAGUUAUGACCGGGGAGCGCUAUCCCACAGCGGUCGGAGAAGCGGCAGGUAAAGAUCCGGUCUACGUUGGCCGUAUUCGGGAAGAUAUUUCGCACCCCAAUGGUAUUAAUCUCUGGAUUGUUGCAGACAAUGUCCGCAAAGGUGCUGCCUUGAAUAGCGUUCAAAUUGCUGAGCUUUUGCUCGAUCAUCUGCAGGUCAGCUAA